UUCGUAAUUGCCAAAUAAAUCCAAAGCAAUAUCGUGAAAUUACUGAUAAUGCACUCAGAAAAGCAAAAGAAAAAGGCACAUUUAGUCAGUAUAAUUAUUUAGAAAUCGGAAAGCAACUAUGUUAUCUGCAUUAUCUUGAAAUCAUCGAACUCGAUCGUCAUAAUGUAAAAAAAUCACCAACUAAUAAUUUACAAGAUAGUGUUAUUAAAAAGCCAUUAUCAUUUA